AUGAUAUUAAUAAAAUAGUAACUUUCAAUUAAUAUUUUUUUGCUUAAAUUUUAAAUAAAUUAAAUUAAGAUGAAUUAAAAAAUAAAGUUAUUUCUUUCUCUAUUAUAGUUUUAAUUUAUUAACAAUUAAAAAGCAAUUAUAGAAUAGAAAAGUAAAAAAUUAAUAUGUUUUUUAUUGAUAUUAAAAAAAAUGUUUAGCUAUGCUUUUUAGGUAAAAUUCAUUAACAUUUUAAUAUAAAACAUAAAGAAUGAUUAAAUAAUUAACUUUAAUCUGACAAUCACUUUCCUAAGAGAAUGCAAAAUCCUGAAAAUUAACCUUAGUUUUUACCAUCAGGAGUUUCAAUUCUAUCAGCUGCUACUCUAAUACCAUAGGAUUUUUUAGCAUGAGUAUAAGGCUGCCAUGUUUAAUCGCUCAAACCUAGACCUGCCAUUUCCAUAGAAGUUGGUUUUUUAUUUAUAUCUUCACCUUAUUAACUAUGAAGAUGAUGAUAACUUCCUCCUAUUCUAAACUUAAAAUUAUACGAAGCACUGUAAGAAUUUAUUCUCCAAUAAGGCUCAUAAGACACAGAUGUUUAAGCAUAACCAAUAAUCAACUCUAAAGGAGUUUAACAUCCCUCUAACACUUUACAAUUUAUUUGCUUAUCUUAAGUAAAUAUUUCAGGUAAUGUUAGAUUCUCAUUGUACUCAAGUUCUAAAACAGUGUACCUACCUGAUAAAUCAAUAAUACAUAAUUGCUUGA